AUGAUUUGCAUGGAUUAUGAUUCGGAUAAUGAUGCUGAUGAAUGUCAUUGGGAUGAUGAGUAUGAUGCUGAUUCAGAUGAUGAUGAUUCGGGUGAAGAUGAAGAUGGUUCGGAUGAUGAUGAUGAUUCCGAUGUUGAUGAUGAUGAUUCGGAUGUUGAUGGUGAUGCUGAUUCAGAUGAUGAUGAUUCGGGUGAUGAUGAGGAUUGUUCGGAUGGUGAUGAUGAUGAUUCGGAUGAUGAUGAUGAUGGUUCGGAUGAUGAUGAUGAUGAUUCGGAUGAUGAUGAUUCGUAUGAUGAUGAUGAUGAUUCGGAUAUUGAUGAUGAUGAUUCGGAUGAUAAUGAUGAUGUUUCCUAUUAUGAUUCGCAUGGUAAUGAUGAUGAUUCGGAUGAGUAUGAUGCCAAUUACGAUGAUGAAUCGGAUGAUGAUCAUGCUGAUAAGGAUUAUGAUUCGGAUGAUGAUGAUGAUUCGCAUGUUGACGAUGAUGCUUAUUCGGAUGAUGAUGAUGGAGAUUCGGAUGAUGAUUAUGAUGAUUCGAAUGAUGACGAUGAUGAUGCGCAUGAUGAUGCAAAUCAUUCGAAUGAUGAUGAUUCGGAUGAUGAUUCGUAUGAUGAAGAUGAUGAUCCGGAUGAUGAUGAUGAUGAUUCGGAUGACGAUGAUAAUGACAAGGAUAAUGAUGAUGGUGAUCCGGAUGGUGAUGAUGACUCGGAUGAUGAACAUAAUGAUUCGGAUGACGGUGAUGAUGAUUCGUAUAAUGAUGAUGAUGAUUCGUAUGACGACGAUGAUGAAUCGUAUGAUGAUGAUGAUGAAUUGGAUGAUGAUGAUGCCGAUUAUGAUUCGGAUGGUGAUGAUAAUGAUUCGGAAAAUGUUCAUGAUGAUUGA